GCAUGCUUUGCUUCUCUCCAAGCAGCUCAUUCUUCGUCUUCAACUUCGAGAGUCCGUCCAAAGGAGAAAGUAGAGACGCGUUUAGCCAGCAAGGGCCGCUCAAACCUUCCAUUGUUAGAACUGAGCGGAAGGGUUACCUUGCUCGCUACUGUGGGGCGAAGAUGGCAGUAAACCCACAGGUCGAUGCACACAGCGGGCUUCCGAUCCCGUUCAUAGGUGAGAUGUUUGUUUUGGCAAGGGAGGGGGUGGAGUUUCAAGUGGACAACGUGCCAGGAGUCCAAGGGGGCAAGUGGGACGCUCGGGGCACCAUCUAUUUGUCUUCGAUCCGCAUCAUCUUUGUGGCCAAGACUCCUUCCAAUACGCUGACGUCAUUUGACCUUCCGUUGGUGUACAUCCAUGGGGAGAAGUUCAACCAGCCCAUUUUCACAUGCAACAACAUCUCAGGCCAAGUGAGCCCGGUGCUUCCAGAGGGCGCUUCUUGGGGCGAGCGGCCCCCCCACAGUUUCAAGAUUCUGUUCAAGGAAGGGGGCGUCGGAACGUUCGUGCCCCUCUUCUUCAAUCUGCUGAAAGCGAUCCGCGCGCAGAUGCCGCAACAGCAAACGCCCAGCGCGCCCCCGUCGCCGAUCCCCGAGCAACAGCCGCAAGUCGAUGAGAUGCUACGCAGCGCGUACGUUGACCCGAACGACCCGUCCAAGCUGUACCUGCAGCAGCCGUUCACGUCUCAAGACGGGCUAAGACGGCGCAACUACGCGAGCCAAGGGGCGGACACGUAAGGUUGGAUUGUCGUCGGGCUUUCAACAACAUUUUGUAUGUAAAUACGAACCCUCACAUCCGGCAGGGUUUAGCCAACAUCAACCCCAUUCUGGUCAGGUGGGGAAGGCAGCCUGCAUCGAUCCACCCGAUGAAGCAUCGUGUAUGAAUAGAGAACGUAUACUUCUAAGGCAGACUCUGAUGUACAUUGAAUGGUCUAUAAGUCACGUUUGAGUUUUAAGGUAACUUUUUCUAGUCUUUGAGCUCGAUCGACCUUUCCAAGAAUGCCGCCCUCAGUGCUUUCGUA